CGAGCCUCGAGCCAAGCAUGACGAGAAUGGCUCCAAACAUACUGCUCAGUAUUUUUAUAGUCAGCGCCCUCUUAAGCGGCUCGAAGGGGGCGAUUUUAGAUUUUGAUAUGUUACUCGACAACCCCGAAAGCGCUUACGAGUACGAAACGAUCGGCGCCGCGAACCAAAGUCGAGACGCGAAACGAAGUCCGUACGGAGGUUACGGCCACGGCGGCUACGGCUACGGCCACCAUUACCGGCCUUACUACCCCCGACAUACGACGACCACCACUGAGGAGCCGGUGCCACUCGAGUGCGGCGCCGGACCUUUCGACGGCGGCCCUCCACUUGUCUGCAUGCUCAGGACUGAGUGCAUCGCUCAGGGUGGACGGCUGGGCGAACCCUGCGGCAGAGGUUUCAGCAGAGGAUUCUGUUGUCAAUGGCCUAAUUUACUUAAGUGUGGAGAUACGACGUCUGCAAUUAAUGCCAUCAUGCGCAACCCUGAUUACCCUGACACAACCUCAAAUCCCCUGAGCUGCGUUAUUGGAAUCGUCCCUCGGCCAGAGGCUUGUGGAAUAAGAAUUGAAUUCAUGGACGCUCUGAUGGGGCAGACGCGAGACGGAGUUUGCUACCAAGAUCAGUUCACAGUCAUCGGAGGCGGAUUCACGGACUCGGAUGGCUUCAAUACUCACAUCUGCGGACUGGCCAAGGGCUAUGCUACCAUGAUUCCUGUGAACCAGACGAGCGAUUUGGUCCAACUGGUCCUUCUUUCCCAGAGCCGAAAUGUCAUGUUUAAUAUCAACAUAACUCAGGUCCACUGCGGCGCCCUUUACCUUCCAUUCAACGACCUGUGCGGUGUGAGGAACAAUCCUGUAGCAAACAACGCCAGGAAACUGGACUUGGGCCCUUCGAACGUGUCCGCGCCGGUGGAGGUCGCGCGCCCUCAGGCAAAGAUCUCAGACUCUGGAAAUUUUUCACUCAGCAAUGCCGAGGGCAAAAUUCUGGGCGGUACGCCCGUCGCGGGCAUCCAGUACCCUUGGAUGGUGGCCAUAUUGUACGACGGAAGCCACAUCUGCAGCGGGACACUGAUUGCCCGGCAGUGGGUCAUGACGGCGGCCCAUUGCGUCACUUUUUACGCUGCAGACGGUUUGCCCUCGGUGCGAAGAUUGCGUCUCUGGCUGGGAAGUUACGACCUGUCUUUGUCCAUAAAACAAGAGAUCCGACGUGUUAUCCGCAAGGUGGACAGAAUUUACGUUCACAACGAAUUCGAGGGCAACAACUACGACGUCGCUAUCAUGAAAAUGAACGAAACCGUGAUUUUCAACGCGGCUAUACGACCGGUUUGUUUCCCCGAGGACAUAGACCAAAAUUACGGUGGGUGGCAAGGAAUCAUAGCUGGAUGGGGGACCAACGGUGGUCCCACCAAGAGCAACGUCCUUCUUGGCGGCACCGUCCCCAUACUAAGGAACCCCGCAUGCAGCACCGCCUGGAGUGCCCUCAACGUCGAGAUAAGGAACAGCAUGAUAUGCGCCGGUGACGGGUCCGUUGCUCAGUGCACGGGCGACAGCGGCGGACCGUUAAUUUCAGCGGACGAAGACGGUCUUUACUCGUUCAUCGGCAUUUCGUCCUUCUCGGCGCCCCCCGCGUGCGGAAACCCCGACUUCCCAGACGUCUACAUGCGGACCAGCUCGUUUUUGAGUUGGAUCGCCCUUGUCUUAGCCCUGCCGCCACCCCCGGAUCAUAUACCAAGCCCAUUCGGACCUUACGGAGAGUCGCUGUUUGAUAAAAAGAGUUAAAAAUCGACGAUGAUUUGAAGAGAGCACAACAUUUUUAGGUUUUAAUGGGACUGGCAAAAAUUUGUUAACAUUUGUUCCCAUUUUGGUUAAAAAACUCGAAUUUAAAUUCAA